AUGUGCUACUCCGCAGCCAGGUGGGCGUCGGCUCCCCUCCUCGGGCGGGGCCGCCGGGGCUCGGAACUCCCCGCCUCCAACUGCCCGGGGCCUCCUCGGGGCGCACCGGGGCCCAGGGCUCCCCGACCUCCUGGCGCACCGCCCCCGCCGAGCCGGGAGAGGCUAGAGGCUGUACCCGGCACAGGUGGCCUCCUCCUACCUACGCAGCCGCGGCUCGGCGCAGCCGGGGGCGACGCAUCUGCACACCCCGGGGUCCAGGCGGCCCCACCUGCGCCCGACGGUCGCGGUCCGCGAGGCCCCGCCCCUGCAAGGCCCGCCCGCCGGCUGUCACGUGAGUCCACGCCUCCGCGAGGCCCCGCCCACCGGCUGUCACGCGGCCCCACCCCAUCCCCCUCGGUAAGGCGUCCCACCCGCCUGCUGUCACGUGGCCCGCCCGCCCCUCCGCGAGGCCCCGCCCACCGGCUGCCACGUGGGUCCACACCUCCGCGAGGCCCCGCCCACCGGCUGUCACGCGGCCCCACCCCAUCCCCCUCGGUAAGGCUUCCCACCCGCCUGCUGUCACGUGGCCCGCCCGCCCCCUCCGCGAGGCCCCGCCCACCGGCUGCCACGUGGGUCCACACCUCCGCGAGGCCCCGCCCACCGGCUGUCACGCGGCCCCACCCCAUCCCCCUCGGUAAGGCGUCCCACCCGCCUGCUGUCACGUGGCCCGCCCGCCCCUCCGCGAGGCCCCGCCCACCGGCUGCCACGUGGGUCCACACCUCCGCGAGGCCCCGCCCACCGGCUGUCACGCGGCCCCACCCCCUCCCCCUCGGUAAGGCGUCCCACCCGCCUGCUGUCACGUGA